AUGUUAAUAGAGAAAGAAGAAAUUGUUUUUCGCGAUGAAAAAAGAAAAAUUUACUAUUUGGACGAAACGUGGGCUUUUCUAGACGGUCUUUCGGCUGGAUUGAAAAAUCCUGCAGGUAGUGAAGACGGCUUUGUUCCCGAAGCACUGUGGGCCUUUGAAUCAAAAAAGACAGGGGACUAUCAUGAGGAGAUGGACGGCAAUUCCUUUGAAAAUUGGUUCUCCAAAAUGUUACUAAAGCUGGAGAAUAACGCUGUUAUUGUACUGGAUAAUGCCCCUAUAGUCAAUAGACAUAAAUACAAAUACGAUUUUAAAAUGAUCGACGAAAUGGCCAAAAAACAAAAUAAAACUCACUACAAAAAUGGUGCAAAAAUAAAAAACACGUUUCGCGCGCUUCCUGAACAUUUCGGUCGCAACAACCGCCCAAACGAAACAACCAUCGGUCGUCUGGUGCGUAAAUUCGAGGCAACAGGUUCUGUGGCAAAUCUGCUAGGCUCUGGACGGCCAAGGAGCGUUCGCACACCGGAAAAUAUUGCUGUUGUGAAGGAGAGUGUGAGAGACGAUCCGAAACAAUCAACAACGCGUCGAUCCCAAGAAUUGGGCAUUUCGAGAACCAGUUUGCUCCGCAUUCUCCACACGGAUUUGAAUGUACACGCCUACAAGAUCCAAUUGACGCAAGAGCUGCGUCGGGCCGACCAUUUUUCGCGCCGAACGUUCUCAGAUUGGCUCCUCCAAAUUGAUGAAAAUUUUUCAUCAAAAAUCAUGUUCAGCGACGAAGCGCAUUUCACUUUGAAUGGGACGGUAAACAAGCAAAACUGCCGCAUCUGGGCGAACGAAAAUCCCCGUGAGUAUCGAGAGCAGCCGAUGCAUCCUCAAAAAGUGACUGUGUGGUCUGCAUUGUGGUCAAAAGGCAUCAUCGGACCUUACUUUUUCGAAAAUGCGGCCGGCGACGCCGUUACCGUCAAUUCUGAGCGAUAUCACGUGAUGAUAGAGGACUAUUUUUUGCCGCAACUUGAAGGAAUGGAUAUGGACGAUGUUUAUUUCCAACAAGACGGUCCAACAUGCCACACAACCAACGUCAAUAUCCAUCGAUUGCAGUCCUUCUUCGGUGAUCGCGUGAUUUCGCGCAGAGGAAAUGUGCCAUGGCCACCAAGAUCAUGCGAUUUGACUCCCUUGGACUUAUUUUUAUGGGGAUAUUUGAAAAGCAAAGUCUACGUCAACAAACCAGCCACCCUCCAAGAACUCAAAAACAACAUCAUUGCCGAGAUAAAUGCCAUAGAACCGACCAUGUUGCAAAAUGUCAUUGAAAAUUUCGACCAUCGCGUGGACGUCUGUAAAUCCAGUCGUGUCAUCAUCGAGCUUCGAAAAAUCAACCCCGAAAGAAGAAUCAUCCUCCACCAAGACAAUGCACCCGCGCACACAGCCCAAAAAACAAUGCAGUAUUUAACGGAAGAAAAUGUGGAAUUAUUGAACCAUCCUCCAUAUAGUCCCGAUCUAAGUCCUAACGAUUUCUUUACUUUCCCGAAAAUUAAAAACAGACUGCGUGGUCAAAGGUUCCAGUCACCAGAAGAAGCAGUUGACGCAUUCGAAAAUGCCUGCUUCGAAAAUUGGUUCGAGCGCAUGCAGAUGUGUAUUAAUCUUCAUGGAGAAUACUUCGAAAAACAAUAA